AUUUGUAAACAAGAUGGCGUCUUCACCAGAAAAGAAAUCUGCAAGACAAUCCACACUUGCAUUUCGAUUGAUCAAUCCGGAGUUAUUUAUCAAACCUGUGAGUAUCCUAGGUUUAUUCUCAUUUUAUUUGAUUCAAUGGUAAAGCAAUAAACUUCAGAGAUCACUCUCGGACUGACUUAGAUUUAUGUUAUCCAUUUCAUUAAGUUAGUAAAUAAUGACUCAUCCGUUAAGCUCUAUGAAAACCAUCCCUAUUCACUCUUCCACACUUCUUCAUGCAGCUUCCUAAUUCCCCAGUGAACAAACACCUACAAUAAUUGCUACAUAUCUUAACUCCCGGAUGUGAUUAUUGUGUAACUUCUCCUUAAAGGUUGAAGUUGUUAUCUUGAUCUAACACCAAAGCCCUGUCACUAUUUUACAAUGAAAAGUGUCACAGCUAUAGGGAAGAAUUAACCUUUUAACCCCUAAGAGAGACUAGCAUCUAUUUUCUCCUUACAAUAUCACCCCUAAAUCACUCAUUAAGGUCAUGAGAGUGAAGAAAAUGAUCAAUAAAUUAACAAGCUCUUGAUUACUAAACAGAUUCUCUUUGUCAGCACCUUAGGAAAUGUAUGUAUGACAGUAUGGAGAAUAUGCAUACUGAUGUUAGUGUGUGAAGGGUUAAUAAUCAGAUCUUUGGAGUUAAAGGGUUAACUGGUUUGCCAAACAUUCAGGCUGAUUUAGCGACAGGGUACCUGUAAACACAGAGGAAACAAAUUGAAAUGUAAGAAAGAGGCCUCAUUGCUUCAAUUUGCCUAAAAUUUUGUCAAGUGCUAAUGUCUGUAAUGUUCAAUAAAAUUUUGCAUCACCAUUUGUUGUGUUAACUUCCUGUUUAUAUAUCUUUUUUUUUCAAUAAAUAUGUAUGACUACUAACAUUCUUAAAGUUGUGAAACCUAAGUCUUAUAGACAUUAAAAUCAAAGAAAAUUAAUAUUCCUGUCAGGUACUUAUGUACCUUACAUAGAGGAUUGAUUAUUUGAAACAAGAAAUGAUUAUCAUUUUAUUUAUAGAAGUAUUGUUAGAAGGAAAGCAUUGCAUAAUUUUAUUUUCUUCUUUUUUUUUCAAGUUUCAAGUUUCAAGUUUAUUAAGUUUGCAGGAAAAUCUUUGUACAAUAAUCACCUCCUGCAAAUAGCGAGCUAAUCUAGGCAGGCGGUGUUAAGGACAUACAACACGAAUUACAAAAACACGAAUUAUGCGAAUUACUCGAUUUUGCAUACAUUAUUUGACAAAAGAGGGAAAAGGUGAUAAGAAGUAAAUUAAUAUAUUAUGUUUGAAUUAUAAUUAAGAUGCCUUUUUUAUUUCAGAAAUAAGAGUGCUAGUGUCAGCAUAACUAUCCAGACUUCCUAGAGUUGCAAAUAGUAAUGCUUGAAUUUUCUUUUUGAAUAUGUGCUUCGGCAGACUUCAAUAGCUUUCGGGAAUACUGUUCCAAAUUUUAGCCCCAACGAUAGAAAAAGAGUUUUUAUGAUGAUUAAGCCUAGAAUAGUUAAUAUAGUAGUUAUCAGAAGAUGCUGAUCGGGUAUUAUACUGAUGUAUGUCUUGUGUAGAAAUAAAAAGAUUGCAGAUAUUUUUAGGUGCAGAGUUAGUGGUUAUAUCAAGCAUUAAGAUUGAUGAAAGUUUGAAGUAGAGCAUUGUUAUUGGCAGGAUGUUAGAUUGCGUGAAAUAUGGAAUCACAUGCGUUCUGAAAGGCAGAAAGUAGAUCAAGCGAACAGCUCUCUUUUGGAGUAUAAGAAUUUUUUCUAAAUAAGAUUUGGAGGCUUGGCCCCAGGCAAUGAGGCCGUAAGACAUAUAGGGAGAAAUUAAAGAAUUAUAAAUACUUAGAAGUGUUUUUAAGGGGACAAAGUGUCUUAGUCUCGAAAUAAUUCCAAUAUUUCUGCUGAUUUUUAAAGCAAUAUAAUUAAUGUGGUGUUUCCAAGAUAAAUGUUGGUCAAUUAUUACCCCUAGGUAUUUAACAUGAUCCUUACGUUCAUUCUUAAAUCUAGAACAAAGUGAUCAUGAUUGGAGGUUCAGUUGCACUUGCUGGCUGUGUAUUGUUCCUGGGUUACAUGAAUUUUGGAGGAGAAAAACAGACAGUUUCAACAUCGGCACAUAACCAUGGACGUGUGAAAAGCAAGUGGGACUAAAUGGCAAGUUAUACACAGGAAAAGAACACUGGAAAAAAACAUGCAUGUCAUCUGCAUUAUCAAUAGACAUAUUCUGCUGUGGGAAUGUGCCGAGGCAGUUCUGUGCUCUACCUCUCAACAAAUCAAGCACUCCAGUUGAAUUUAAUGUAAACAUCUCAGUAACUGCCAUUACUGGAUUGUGAGUAGAAUGUUGUCACCAGAAAUAGGCUAAUAAUGCUAAGAACAAAAUUUAACACCGCCAGUAUGCAAAUGUCAAUUUCCAUUCUGAGUGUUGAGAUCAUAACAGGCAAAAUUGUUUGGAGCAACUUCAAACUGCCACACAAAUUGUUAAAAUUUAAAGAGGAUGAAAAAAAAACACUUCAUCUAUCAAUAAGAUAAAAGAGAAAUAAACUGUAAAAGGAUUCUUAGAAAAUAUUCUUAUGUAUAAUAUGUCUUUUGACAGCUCUAAGGUGAAUCGUUGAUUACGUGG